GGGACUGGGCGGAGCGGGGUUGUUUACAUCGCAGCUGGAUAAAGUCGCUGCUUUCGUUUUCGCUUCCUCAACCUGCCACGGCAGCUCCUGCCACAGCGUCCUGGGAGUUUGGUCCAGUCGCUGCCAAGGGGAGAGGAUCCGGCGCUGGGAUCUCUGAAGUUGAUUGCUGCCUCCGGACUGGACCCAAUUGCAGCUAGAGAGGAACUGGUCAGAGCCCAGUGCCCACACCCCAGCGUUCAUCUGUCUCGGUGAGAGAGGAGAGGUGACAAAAGGCGUGGAUCCCAUGGCUUUAGAGCAGUCGCUCAAUGGAAGACAAGGUGACUUGCUUCACCUUAGACACAGGAAACCAGUUGGGUGGAAAGUCCCCCUGAUUGUCGGUGUUGUACUCACAGUCGUUGUUGUGAUUGUUGCUGUUCCCAUGAUACUUUUGUCCGUGAAAUCUCCACCCGAAUCCAAGCUGCCUCAUGUCUCCACCCCAACCCAGCUAAAUGCAAAACGCCCUACUGCCUGCUGCCCGGAUGGCUGGGUCGGGUUUCGAGGGAAAUGCUAUUAUUUCUCUGAUACUGAGGGGAUCUGGGACUCCAGCCAGAGCCUCUGCUCUUCACUCAAUGCCUCCCUGGCUGAGAUCGACACCCAGAAAGACCUGAACUUCAUUAUGCGAUACAAAGGCCCCUCUGAGUACUGGAUUGGCCUGAAGCGAGUAUCAGCGCAGCUCUGGCAAUGGGUGAAUGGCGAACAGUUCAACAACCUGUUUACGGUAAGAGGAGAAGGCGACUGCGCAUACCUGAGCGACGGCUUUGCCACUUCGUCGUGGUGCUCCACGAAGCGCUACUGGAUCUGCAGCGAACCCGACGGGAUGCGAAGGGAGGACGCAAUGCCAGGGGACUGAAGGGCGAAGCCUGGGGAAACGCCUCCAGACCCAGCUGCCUUACACUCCAAACAUCGCUCAAGAAGAUCCUUGAUAGAGCUUGACAGUUGUUUUUUUUUUUUAAUAAGCCUCUCUUCUGAUUUUCUCUGUGUUGUGGCCCCUGUAUAAUCCUCUCCUUCCUGGUUGUGUACUAAGACCUGGUCUACACUUAAAGCUUAAAACUCACUCCUGAAUGCUGUAGUUAGGCCGACGUAACCCCCAGUGUAGUCGCAGCUAAGUUGCCCUCGCUACCGUCACUUGGGAAGGCAGAGUUCUUACAGUGAUGGAAAACCCUCUUCUCCCAUGGUAGGAGAUAUCUAUGCUCUGGGGCUAUGCCAGCGUAGUCCGCCGCCAUGUCCCCAUACCGUAGAUACGGAUAAAACCCCUUCCCAGCUUCCACUGCUGCUGUCUGUCAGGGGGUGUCUACACCUCAAUGAGGGUACGUGGGGGUUACGCUACCCACCCAAGUCUUUACCCAGGGUUCCAGCCUGCGCAGCUGCGGCAUCAUUGCUCCAGUGCUAGCUGGAUUAAAAUUAGCUUGUGUACGUCUACAUUAAUUGCAGCCAGACCCUGUGCUUGCAAUGUAGACGUACCCGCAGCUCUGCUGGGCCGGCUGGACGGGGAGGCAGCACAAUCGAAACAAUCUUAAAUAGCAACAGGGUAAGAAAAUCCACAGCAAGCAGAGAUGUGAAACACAACAUCCUCCCAAGGGAAGGAAGCUGCGGCAAGACACAAGCAGCCAGGCUGUGGGUUUUCUUCGGCGGUUGCAGAGCCAGGCUCCAUUCGCUCAUGCUGUCUCCCGACACCGAGCAACAAAGUUGUAAGUUAAAGCUAAAUGGGACCGGGAUCUGAACUCCCCAAAAGGCCCUUUGUUGAUGCUCUUUCAGAGCUACCUCCUGCAUAGGGUCGACUGGGGUGUGUUGUCUCCCGGAUCAAAACGUAGUUAUUCCAUCUUUGAUGGAGAGUCUCUGUUGUGGAGCCAAGAAGAUAAUUAAGGAGGGCCAGAAAUGAGAGGCAGGUUCAAAUGGAAAUCGAAAUGUCUGUAUGUUUGAGAGUGUUAGGGCCUUGCUGGGCUUAUUGAGACUGGAAAGGGAAGGCCAGGCAUGCGUGCCAGAAGUUGAUAACUAGCGAGGUGAGCUAGCAGCACAGGUAGAGAGGCGGCUGCGGAGAUGCCGAGGAGCGGCGUUUGCCCUCGUGAGAAGGCAGCCGGUUUUGUACUCUGUAGUAGCAAUGCGUCACCAGUGCGUUCCAGUGACAGGAAUUUGCCUACAAACUCCUAGGCAGAGCAAAUGCCUUUUACUUUAAUUGAGGCCUCUUUACGAGUUCCAGGCAGAGAAGCUGGAAGCGCGGCUCCCGGCACUCUGAGCCUGUCCACACUGGCGCUUUAAAGCACUCAAACUUGCUGCAUUCGGGGGGGGUGGGGGGGGGCAGUGUUUUUUCACACCCCUGAGCCAGGAAGUUAGAGCGCUUUGUUUUGCCAGUGUAGACGUGGCCUUAGAUAAGUACAAAGGUCAACGUGGUCAAACCCUAAGACGUAGAGUUUUUAGAUGCUGUAAGGUUCAUUUUUUAAGUGUUGCUUAAGAGUUUAAUUCCCCUUGGACUCCUUUGCAAGCCAAGUUACGAGUACUUUUGUGGAGGACAAGAUGUGUAUUUUCCCCUAGUUUGGGUAUUUUGUAGCUGCAUCGUCUGUUCAGACCAUGGGAGGCUGAAUCUAAAUAAUUGAAAUGUGGAAAGUCUCACAACUCAUGAAAAUUAAUCGGGUGAUGCCAUGGAGUGUUCACCUCUUUAACGAUUUGCUGUUCACUACUUUUGUUUUAUGAAGUUUGAUAUGACUUAGUCAUUCCUAUAAGCUAACUGUAAAAGAAAAAAGCACCUUAUUUUUCCUUCUGUUGUAAUUUGCUCAUAGUCAUUGCUCAUAAAGUUUCAGGCUGGGGGGUACCUCUUGUUUUGUUUAAUCUGUCUCCCCUCCUUCUCACUUAGAGACAAUGGAGUAUUUUCUAACGAAAAGUUUGUCAGAAAAUAGGUCUUCGUUGAACAUGAAUGGAUGAAACUUCAUUUUCAGUGAGUUCAUCUUUUACGUUUUCUGAAGUUGUUUUUUUUUUCUUUUAAUUUAUUAUCAAAACCAUUUCAGGGGGAAGCCCAACUUUUCCAGAAUUUUGUAAAUGUCUUGAACUGUGGAGUUUUUUUUCAUUCUUCUCUCCACUGUCUGGCUGCCUUCCAACUUUUGCCAGGCGGAAACGAGUAAGAGCGUUUCCGAAAGUAAUGCUUUGUGUUCAAUUAACCUUUCAAAGUGAAGGUGUUCCUUAAAAAAACUACAGGAGUACUUGUGGUACCUUAGAGACUAUUGCUCAGAUAAAUUGGUUAGUCUCUAAGGUGCCACAAGGACUCCUGCGAAUACAGACUAACACGGCUGCUACUCGACCUUAAAAAACUACCCCCUUCACAGACCCAUACAAACCCUUUCUCACUCACUGUCUCCAAAGUGGAAGAAAUUGGGAAUGAAUAAAAACAUGUAAGUGGGGAAAGAAGUUUUGCACUUAAAUUGUUCCAUUAGGAUGUUUGAAAGGGGAUAUUUUUUUCCUUGUGAAAACUUUUGUAAGGCAAAAUGCUGCUUUUCCAGCUAGCUCUAGUCUUUAUUGUUGUUGGUCUCCUCUUAUGUAUUGGUUUAUUUUUAUUUUUUCCCCUGACCCAAUGCCAUCUGCUGGGCUGGAGAAGAUACUGCAAUGUUGUCUAGGUUUAUUUCAGAGCGCCCUGAUCUGCUGUGUAGAGACCAGGGCUGGGAGGAUCAAGGUGGAUUUGAGCCUAGCUGGGUGGCUCUUCCAGGCGAUCCCAGUAUGGAAAUACCCACUGCAAGCAUUAAAAUAGGGGGGAAGCUAAUAUACCAAUCAGCGAUACAAACUCAAUACAGGGAUUAUUAUACAGAUUUAAUGUGCCUAGCUCUGUGACUACUUGUACUUGUAAUUAAAAUAAUUAUUCAACACUCA